UAAUAAGUUUAGUGUAGCGCAUAGUUGCGCAUUCAAAGAAGGAACAUUCCCACCGCGAGAAAAGAGCUUGAAUAUGAUAAACGAAGUCGUGCACUUCAAGCUAAACCGCCUCAACGGAAGGGCACUAAAAGCAUCUCAGAAUUGUCAUUUUCAUAUACCUACUGAUGUAAUGAAUUGUCGUUGUUCAUUGAGCUUUCGCUAGCGAGCGCCCGUUACCGACUAACUUCGGAGCGCACCGCCGCUCGGCGAGUGAACCUAGGAAUCCGUUAAUCCUACUCUGACUCACGACUGAGUCACCACGAGUGAGCAAGCCGGCAGUAUGUCCCGGGUCCUCUCAGACGCUCAACGUUUUUCGUUCCCAGGCUCCAGUUUCCCGUAGGCUUCAGGCUUUUCUCUUUCAGUUUUCAGGGAACAGCGGAGGAGACCGCGCGUCGCCUGCCGCGCUACCGGCAGAACCGUUUCAUGCAAAAUGAUUAAAUAACCGAGCGGCACAGAGAGCCAAUCAAACAGUCGAGUGAUGCAAUUAAAUAUCGGGACCUUUUAAGUGAUAAAGUGUUAUGUUGACAAAUCGAAUACAUAAGCGAACGAUUAGUGGUGCUAAGAGAGGACAGUAAAUCACAUCGCGACAGGAGCUGCGACGGAUUUCGGCAUCCAGCCCGGCAUGAUUUGAACAGACAAGGCGGGUUGCGCGGAUGGUGUGCGGAGAUGGGCGGCCCGCGGCGCAUGUCGAGCGCGCUGCUGCUGCCGUUCCUACUCGCGCUGCCCGCGGACACCGCCAAUACCACCGGCUACCGGGAGGAACUAGAAUCAUCACUGGUUUUAGUCCACGCAGUCGCCACCGGAGCCACGGGGAAGCUGUGUGUCUCGUACCGCAACGGUCAGCUGCGGGCGCCCAUGCACGUCACGCGGUGGGACUCUGCCAGGGCCCGGGCGGAUCUGGCGGCCAGCCUCUUGCACCAACUGGGAUUGGACUCUGCUGACGUACUUGAAGCGGUAUCAAAAUCACUAGUAAUGGGUAAUCAGAAUUCUGAAAGAGCAGUGGGAGCAAGAGCAAUACCAUUGCGGGCUGAUACCAAAGUGAAGAAUGCCACGGGGUGGCAACGAUAUGGCACAGCUGAGCCAGUUCCAGUAUUUUAUCCGCCACUAGAGCAAGUGCCUGUAACUGAUUAUCCUUGGUAUGAAUCGCGGCAUAAAACAUCACAACAAUCUUUCAAAUUCAUGCCUUCGCCAAUACCAGAUGCAGCUAUGAAAGGCUGGUGGUCCUUUCCAUAUUUCAGCUGUGAUGCCGAGAGGUGGUUACUAUCAUACACGGUUCCAGUACAUUCGGCUAGGGAGCAGGAAGGAGUUGUGUCACUCGACAUAGACAUAUCUAAUUUGGAAAUAAAUCAAUGUGAGAUGCCAACCAACGAUAAUCAAAUAUAUUCCUUUCAUGGCACUCAUAAAUGUCACAACGAAACCACCUUUUGCGAGUACAAGCCAAAUCGAGAGGUUGGAGUGAGGCAUGCUGGUUGGGCUCGAGGAUCGUACGCUUGCCGUUGUCGAGAUGGGUAUUAUUCAACGCAUCAUCCUAAUGGAUUCAAUGGCUCACUUGUCGAAGUUGCUUAUCAAGAAUACAAGGAAAAUAGCGGCUUGGAAAACUGGAGUGAACCCUACCAAUGUCUGCAAUGUCAGCCGGGCUGCGAAACAUGUCGGGGACCAGAGCCCUGCCUCGCUACUUACAACUGGCCAUUUCGGAUAUCCCUCCUGGUAAUAUCGGUGAGCUGUGCAUUCAUGACAGUGUUGCUGACAAUCUACACAAGACACCACCGGCGUGUGAAGGUGUUCCGUGUUGCAAGCCCGGUGUUCCUUUCCAUCACACUACUUGGCUGCGCUUGCAUGUAUAUGGAGAUGGCAGCUAUAUUCCCAGUUCUGGACCGCUACUCUUGCAUUGCUACAAAAUGGACUCGUCACUUGGGAUUCUGCAUCACAUACACAGCCCUGCUUAUGAAAACUUGGAGAGUAUCCCUGACAUAUCGCGUGAAAUCCGCCCACAAACUGAAGCUGACAGACAAACAACUACUGCAAUGGAUGGCACCCAUUCUUCUAAUCAUGCUGGUGUAUCUCGGCACCUGGACUCUGUCUUCUCCGCCUGAUGCUGAAGACAUCACAGACAACAAGGGCUUGAGAUUUAAGCAAUGCACUUACAACUGGUGGGAUCACAGUUUGGCUAUUGGCGAGAUCCUGUUCCUGCUGUGGGGGGUCCGCGUGUGCUACCGAGUGCGCCACGCCGAGAGCCUGUACAACGAGGCGCGGCUCAUCUCCAUCGCCAUCUACAACAUCUUCACCGUCAACUCGCUCAUGAUAGCAUUCCAUUUACUAAUCCUGCCUCGGGCCGGGCCGGAUAUAAAAUAUCUGCUCGGCUUCAUCAGGACGCAGUUGUCCACUUCUACUACAGUUCUACUAGUAUUUUUACCCAAGGUGCUGCGCGUGGUGCGCGGCACGGGCGACACGUGGGACCGCGGCGCGCGCGCGCGCGGCGUGCCCGCCUCCACGUCGCUCAACGGCAUCGGCCUCGUGCCCGACGAGCCGCCCGACCUCUACCGCGAGAACGACGAGCUCAAGGAGGAGGUUCAGAAGCUAGCGGCGCAGAUCGAGUUCAUGAAGAUCGUGCAGAUGGAGAUGCACAACCGGCACCUGCGGCCGCGGCCCGGCGGCUACUUCAGCGCCUCCAGCCCGCACGUCACCGCCACCGCCGUUAACAUCUCGCAGGACAGCACGGAGUGGCCGGGGCCGGUGUGACGGGUGGCGCUGAGCGCCGGCGGCUGGGCGUGGCCGCGCGGCGCGCCGGCCGGCCGCCGCGUCGUCACGGCCGAGGACGCCCGGCGGCCACAUUACGUCUGAACCGAGCGUUCAGGACGUCGCUUCUUAUAUUAUUACUUUGCGCCGAUUGACGAUUACGGGGCCCGGUAGCUACCUCCGGCCGAGAUCGAACCUUAUACCGACAAACUAAGGUUUAAGGCACACUGUCAACUUAUGCUAAAUUUGUGUACAGUCGACAUCACUGAUACCAAAAUAUUGUCUUUCGAAUGAAAUACGACAACAAACUGUAAAUAUAUCUCUGGUGUCGACUGUACGGCGGCAGUGGCUACUGUUGGGAACCCAAUGAUACUGGUUAGGGUUGUUUUGUGUACAAUCCCGAGCAAAGCGAUUGUAAUAAAAAAUGACGACACACAAAAGUAGUCUGAGCCGUGAAAAUUUGCCUUAGUAAUGUAUAAAUGAUGCCUGCAUUCAACUAGAUUCCAUGUUUAGGAAGGAUUUAGAAUGGCUUUGCGCUCAUUCCUGUAUUGCGUUUAACGCAUUCUCUUUUUUCACUUCGUCUUUCUUCAAUUACGUAGGUAUCGUCAGAAAUGGUGACGGAAGUCAUUCUAAACCUGCACUAAAGGCCCGUUAACACAAUAAUCAGUGUUAAGUGCGAGUUGAUACAUUUGCAUUUAGUUUAAACGCAACUGGCAUUUAUUACUACAAAUGUAUGAACUCGCACUUAACACAAAACAAAGUGUAAACAGGCCCUAAUGGCAGUUUCACAAACUAUUAUAAACAAAUCAAAGCCGUAACUAUUUGAUAUACAACCCUAGCUCAGUUAAAAAACUCAAGUCAAAAUACUUGAGACUACUAUGCUUAUUCCUAGCAUACUUUGCUAUAUUAUAUUGAUUUUGCAUCCACAUUUAACAUCUAAAUAUAUCAUAUGACCUAUAAGUUUUGUGGGACAUUCAUAUCCAGCCAAAAUCAGUAAAUAUUAAUGUGUUCUCGACUAAGACUCGCUUAUAUAAAAGCUCACAUCUUAGGUAGCAUCAGGUAUAAUGUUAUGUAUGUGCUAGAAAUAGAUACGUAAUAAAUGGUCUUAAAGUAAAUCUGCGCUAAGCUCUAUAGAUUUUUGUUCCGAGGUAUAGUUAGUUUAAAAAAAUAUAUUUAUUUUAAUCGCUAGAGUAAAGUAGAAUGAGUUAGAAAUUCUACUGAUUAUUUUGAAUGUUAUUUAGGUAAACUUUAGACAUUUCAUCAUGUCAUUAUCUCUUGUAUGCUAGUCGUUAAUUUUAAUAUAUCUAAUAAACAGAGAUCGGACAAAUUAGCGUCAUUGAUCGCAAUAAUGUGGACAUGGCUCCAGAAUUGAUUGAAUAAUUAAUCGUUUCAUUAUUUUAAUUCAUUUCUCACCUAAGAUUUAAUUUUGUUUCCUAGUCAAUAAAUAACACAAAGAUUACUUAUAAUGUAGAUUUACAGUGCAUAUGGUGCUACUUUACCGCACUAGUGCGAUAAUUAGCACAUUACGUAACUAUGUCAAAAAAUUAAAAGGCCAAAUGUACUGUAAAACGUAAUACGCAAUUCGUGUCGAUUUAAAACACUCCCUUCGGACGUCUUCUUUUUCUUGUUUACUUUUUCGCACUUUUAUCGUAAUGUACUGUUAUUAAAGAAUAUAAUCUAUAUUUUUUCAAAAUUUUCUGUAUUCUGACCCAAAAACCGAUUUAACAUAAACAAAUAAAUUGUAAAGAUAGGGAGCACAUUUGGGGGUAUUCUAUUAAAACUACGUGGGUAACCCACUGUUCUUCGAAAAUCGUUAUACAAGUAGAAUUUGGAGUUUAUUUUCUGUUCUAAGUAUUGUGCGAUAGUCUCAAAAUCUGGAUUUCUUUAAUGCUAGACUUUAAUUUUGCCUUGCAAACCGUUUUCUAUUUCUCCUUGUAUAUUCUCCAGAUUAUUUGCACCAUUAACAUUAGUGGAUUGCGAGCGGAGGUUUUAGCACUUAAAGUAUGUUUUUUUGAUAUUUAAAAAAUAGACUGAGCAGUACAGAACACAAUAUACAAUAAUCAGUCUUUUUUUUAAUUUACAUUAUAAGGAAAUUUUUCCGAAAAGAAAUUAAUUAAAUGAUUAGUUAUGUAAUCCAUUUUGGAGUCAUGUCCACAUCAUUGCGAGCAAUGACGCUAAUUUGGCCGAUAUCUGCAAAUCAAUUUGAAUAUAAGUUAAAUUUAUUACUCCAGUAUUCUACAUUUUUAUCAAAAACGUGCGUAGGUAUACAAAUUAUUGAAAUCUGGUUCAUGCUAGAACAGACAAUAAAAAUACUGUUGUAGUCGUCGAAAUAGGGACUCUAAAUUCUUUGAUUUUAUUAGAUAUUCGAGAUUAUUGCGUUACCUGAAGUUACCUUCAACAGCAUUAAUUUUGCUUUACUAUAUUCCUAUAUUUUUUAUCAUAGCUAUAAUCAUAUUUAGUUAAGGUAUCAUAAACGAACUGUAAAUAUGAAUCAGAAAGAAGCAUAAAUUCUAAAGUGUUGUAAAUAAAUUCAUUAAUAUUAGUGUUGACGUAGUUAUGGUUAUUAUUUAUUUUCUUUGACUGUCUGUGAUAAAUUAUAAAUUAAUAAUUAGUUUAUUCAUGAAUGUUGUAGAGGACAUACAGAGAGGUAGCCAGUCAUAAUCAGCAUUAGUGAAUAUUCAACUUUUUAUGUGAGAUGUAUGUUGUAGGUAUACUCUUUUUUCAUAAGCAAACUGUUAUUUUUUAACUUCAGAUACUGUGCUUUCAAUGUUGUGACUAGUUUUGAGUAAAAUACAAGAUUGUCAGUUGGGUGUUACUGUGGUCAUAAAUAAGUAUAAUAAUUCAAGGAUAUUUUUGUAUAGAUUUGCUCCUUUAACUAUUGUUAUUCUUAACUAAACAGAAAAUGUGGGUGUAAGUUACUUUUCAGUAUUUAAUUAUUAUUCACAAACAGUUCUCUACCUAGUCUGUAUGUUGUGUAUCCAAUUAUUUUCCCAUAGAAGUUACAGAGCUAUUCCCACUAGUUACCACCAAGUUGUUACCAGUGGUAACUACUGGGAUGUGUUUCCCACCUCUUACGAAUGGUUUCUACUGGGAUAUAAAAAAUCCCACUACCAAACAAAAUGUUGGAGGUAACUACUAAGAAAAAUAUUCACAGAAGUUACCACCAAACCGAGUUGAUAGUAUGAUAGUGAGAUUUUUCCCAGUAUUUACCACUGGUAAUAACUUGGUGGGAAUAACCCAAGUUACAUAACAUGUGCGUAGAUAUGUCCUGUACCUAAAUAUAGAGAUAUUAACUGUUAGUGUUCUGUGUCCUACUAAGGUGGCAUAGCCAUUCGUGUUUAGUGAUGAUAGUGGGACUGCAGAGAUACUGUUUCGCUGGCCAUAGCACAAAUUUGGUAUAAAUAUAACUAUGAAACAUCUGUUUUGAUUGUGUACCCAAUUUAUCUCAAUACUUAAUAAGUGUAUGUAGUUGUUUGUCUAUUAAAUAUGAAUUCAUCUGCAAAAUAAUUUAUUCUGAGAUUAAUAUAUUGUCUGUUGUUGAGGCUAUUGCCUAAUUCGGUCAAAGUAUUUAUCCUGUGUAAUUUUUACGACUUUGGAAUCUCUUACAUUUUAUUAGUAUUAAUUUACUGUGCCAAAGAUAAGAUUUAGAAAUAAAUUCAAUAUUAUUUUUUCAUUAGAUGUUAUAUCAAUGUUUUCUAAUUAUUAACGCAUCAUGGAGUGUUAAUAUAAACUAGAAUUGAUGUAAUAAAUAUUGUUAUUCUCUGAAACUAGUGCAUAGGAAAAAUAUGUAAGAAAUUUGUUUUUACAUUAAAAUAAAGAAAAUAACUGUU